AAUGCACCACGUGACAUCAGCCAACCAAUCGCGCUGCCCGGUGAAUCCUGCUGGCAGUCUCCACAUUUCCACGUUUGAUCGUCUGCUGUCGCCGCAUUCAGGAUGCCUGAGAACAGGAGCUACAACGAUGAGCUGAACUUUCUGGACAAGAUAGAUGCAAACACAUGGAGGAUCAAGAAGGGAUUUGUUCCCAAUAUGAAGGUGGAUGGGUUCUUCUAUGUGAAUGACCUGCUGGAGAAGCUGAUGUUUGAUGAGCUCAGACAACACAGCAGGGCAGCAGGUUUUGGCGGAUUCUUGCCAGCCAUGAAGCAGAUAGCCAAUGUGGCAGCUCUCCCAGGGAUUGUGAAGAAAUCUGUAGGAUUGCCAGAUGUCCAUGCUGGGUAUGGGUUUGCCAUUGGUAACCUUGCUGCGUUUGACAUGAGUAACCCCGAGGCCGUGGUGUCGCCGGGCGGGGUCGGCUUCGACAUCAACUGUGGUGUCCGGCUGCUCAGGACCAACCUGGAUGAGAGGGACGUCCAGCCGGUCAAGGACGAGCUGGCUCAGGCCAUGUUUGACCACAUCCCUGUCGGGGUGGGGUCAAAGGGGGUCAUCCCCAUGGGAGCUAGAGACUUGGAAGAGGCUUUAGAGAUGGGUGUGGACUGGUCCCUCAGGGAAGGUUAUGCCUGGGCAGAAGACAAGGAGCAUUGUGAAGAAUAUGGCCGGAUGCUUAAUGCAGACCAGAGUGCUGUUGGGUCUAAAGCCAAGAAACGUGGACUACCCCAGCUGGGCACCCUGGGUGCAGGGAACCACUAUGCAGAGAUCCAGGUGGUGGAUGAGAUCUUUGAUGACUACGCCUCCAGGAGGAUGGGCAUCGACCACAAGGGACAGGUUGUUGUGAUGAUCCACAGUGGAAGUAGAGGAUUUGGACAUCAAGUGGCAACAGAUGCUCUGGUUGCCAUGGAGAAGGCGAUGAAGAGAGACAAGGUUCUGACCAAUGACAGACAGCUGGCGUGUGCACGGAUCAGCUCCCCCGAGGGACAGGAGUACCUGAAGGGCAUGGCGUGUGCCGCUAACUUCGCCUGGGUCAACAGGUCAUCCAUGACCUUCCUGUCCAGACAGGCAUUUGCCAAGGUUUUCAACACGACUCCAGAUGACCUGGACAUGCAGCUCAUCUACGACGUGUCACACAACAUAGCCAAGAUGGAGGAACACAUGGUGGAUGGUAAACAGACAACACUACUUGUACACAGAAAGGGUUCCACAAGGGCCUUCCCUCCCCACCAUCCACUUAUACCUGUGGACUAUCAGUUGUCAGGGCAACCAGUGUUGAUUGGCGGGACCAUGGGAACAUGUAGUUAUGUAUUGACAGGGACUGAGAAGGGCAUGGAACAAACAUUUGGAACAACCUGCCAUGGAGCUGGCCGGGCAUGGUCUCGAGCCAAGUCCCGGCGUAACCUAGACUACCAGGAGGUUCUAGACAGACUAGCAGAGAUGGGCAUCUCCAUCCGUGUGGCAUCACCAAAACUGGUCAUGGAGGAGGCACCAGAGUCCUACAAAAACGUUACAGACGUUGUAAAUACAUGUCAUGCAGUUGGAAUUAGCAAGAAAGCAAUCAAGCUGAGACCAAUCGCUGUCAUUAAGGGCUGAUUCUACAGUUUACGGGCAGUCUGCAUGGGAGUCCACUGACAUCAUACCAGGAACAUGGGAAGACAACAGCAACAGAAAGCAGCAGUCAACAGCAGCAACUGCUAUAUCUGUAUAUCGUCUAAUGAGCUGACAUGUCUGCUUCAACCACAACUUCACAAGAAGACAUAUUUAUUAGCAGCCUUGAAUUCUAGUAGAGUUAGGAAAAAUGAAUGUAAAUGCGACACAACAUUCAAGAAGAUAGAGCAACUAUUUCCACAAAACUAUGAGACCCAUAGUAUGAACCAUUGUAAAAAAAAUGCUCAAACCUAGAAAAAAAGAAUCACUGAAAAGGGCAAAAGACUGUGUGCAUUGUCCUGCCUAUGAUCCUAUGAAUGGAAAUAUGUAGACUAAGAACACCCAUAUUUACAUGUAAAUGCAUAAUCCAAACCACUGAGGAUCAAAUUUCUUGCUCCAUUAGUUAUCAAUAUGUUGUCUGCUGGGAGGAUUAAUUGAGUGAGACUCAGACUGCAGGGGGUGUCUGUUCUGACAAGCCCACAUUUCUAAUCUCAAAUGCACCUAGUGCCUGUUGUGCCAUAACUUGGCAUAUCAAAUGUUGUGAGAUGAGAAGUGCUUGCUUGAGUUUGUACAUUUGUACUGGGUAUUCCGAUGGAGCGAACUACCAUUGUUCUAAGCAAGGAUUCUCCCUGAGCCAACAGCAAACAUUGUAUGCAAUACUGUAUUCUGGCAAAGCGCAAGGAGGUUAAAAAUCAAGCUUUUUUUAACCUUCUUGAUUCUGGUAACCUUAAUAUUGAAAUGAAAAAUUGGUGGGCAAGUACUAGUAUGACUCAUGCUGUUGGAACUGGCAUGGGGGCAGUUCUGUUAUGGACCUGUAGAUUGUUACCAUUUUAGUUGAAUUAUCUUUUCUGAUGGUAUCUGGAAGAAGAGAAAAUGAAGCAAAUGAUCUACCAGUACACUGGUAUCUUUCAGGAAAGGUUAUUUCUUUGUUACAAUGUUAUUGCCUACAUUUUUGAUAAGCUGUUUAGUGAAAAAGUUAUGGUCAUGGCUGAUAAUGGCAACAACCAAACUUUCUGUUAAUAUUUAAACCAUAUAGUCAUGUUCUAUGUCAAGGAAACUUGUAAUAUAUCAAAGAGUCGGUUAGUGUGUACACUCGGGCAACCAGCCAAAAUUUUUCUUGCAAUAAAUCAUAUGAAG